AUGCUCCGUAAGAAUAGUUCCACCAGAGAAACCUCAUUAAUCAAUUCACUUGAAUAAAAAUCAUUUCUAAAUCUAGCAGGAAAACUCAAUCCCACAGAGUUUCAAGGAAAAAACAAUUUUGGAUUAAAAAGUAAAGAAAACAAGGAAAAUACUACAACUAGAAUGUUUUCAUUAACUCCAACUUAAGAUAACUUUUUUUAAAGACUUACAAUAAAAAAUGAUAAUAAUUAAAAAAAAGAAUCAACAUCUAAAAAUUGCUAAUACUUAAAUAUGGAAGACCAAAACUAAAGAGUAUUUACAAAAAGUACAUAGUUAUUUUCUAAAACUCCAAUAUAUAAUUAAUAAAUAACUACAGAACGAUUUGAUAGUGCAUAACCAGUUACAAGUUCUUUGAAUUUUACUAAAAAACCAUUAUUCAAUCCAUCUAAUGAAUUACCUACUAUAUCUAUGUAAACUCCAAAAGAACUAGAUAUAAACUCAAGUAAAAAACAACAAAGUAGCAUUCCAUCAUCUUAUUUGGAUAAUCCAAUAACAUAACGAAAUAAUAAAUAAUAGGAUCAAAAAGAUAAUGGAACAAUUUAAGUUUAAUAGGAUAAUAUUACUAAGAAUCUUCCAAAAAUAUAUUACAUUUCAUCUAUUAUCAAAGCAUUUAAAUAAAAGGGGUCAAAUUCUGCUAAAGAACAUCUGAUUCAUAAUAUGCAAGUAUUUUAUUAUUAUAAAUUAAAGGGUAUUAUUAUUGGAAAGAAAAUUAAAGUACCUCCUGUGAAAUAGAAUGUAAUUCUACCAUCAAUUGAUAAGAAAACCUUAUUAUUUGAUUUAGAUGAAACUCUUGUACAUUGUAAUUCUAAUAGUUCAACUCCUGGAGAUAUAUUGUUAAAUAUUAAUCAUGAUGGUGAAACUAUGGAAGUAUCAUAUUCUUUAUUUUUUAUUAGGCUUCAUUAAAUGUUAGACCUUAUACUUCUCAUUUAUUAUAAUAAUUAAGUAGACAUUUUGAAUUGAUUAUAUUUACUGCCUCGUAAUCUUAUUAUGCGAAUGCAGUUAUUGAUUACUUGGAUCCUGAUAAAAAAUUAAUAUCUCAUAGAUUUUAUAGAGAACAUUGUAUUCCAACUGAAGAUGGACAUUUUAUUAAAGAUUUACGUAUUUUUAAAACAAGAAAACUAAGUGACAUGCUUUUAAUUGAUAAUGCUCCUCAUUCUUAUUUGUAUUAAUUAUAAAAUGGGGUUCCAAUUAUUCCUUAUAUCGAUAAUAAAUAAGAUGAAGUAAAUAUUUAUUAUUAAUAUAGGAAUUGAAAUCUUUACUGUAAUAUUUGAUGCUUUUUAAAAAUGUCAAAGAUGUUAGAGAAUUAAAUAUGUAAUAUUUAAAAAUUUAACGAUAUUCAGAAUAUGAUGAUCCUUAAAAGCUAUUGAAAUAUGAAUUUGCUGAAUACCUAGAAUAAGCUAUUUAAUGA